AUGGAGAUUGAGAUAAUAUCUAGAGAGUGCGUGAAACCCUCUUCUCCAACACCUCAUGAUCUUAGAACCUACAAGAUUUCUCUCAUUGAUCAAUUUGGCGGUCCGGGUUUGGUUUCCGACCUCUUUUUCUAUCCACCAAGCCAAGCUACCUCCAUCUCCACCGCCAUGAGAUCACAGUUGCUAAAACAAUCUCUAUCAAGCACUCUAACUCUUUAUUAUCCGAUAGCCGGAAGGUUCAUCGACACUCUCUCCAUUGAUUGUAACGACGAGGGACUUUGUUAUACAGUGGCUAGAGCUAAUUGUGAUUUGCACGACUAUCUCAAGCAACCUGAUUUAUCCAAACUCGCUAAAUUCUUGCCGGACGAAAUCAUUUGCAGUGAAACAACUCCAGGUGGUUAUGUUUUUAUGAUUCAAGAAACUGUGUUUGCUUGUGGUGGUUUUGCUAUAGGCAUAGUUGUUCCACACCAUGUAUUUGACAUAACUUCUACAAUAGUAUUCCUCAAAACUUGGGCUACAAUGGCCCGAGGAGAAGUACCGAUGCCUCCCGAUUUCAGUUCCUCAUGUUUAUUUCCCCAAAACACCAAAUUUCCACAAGAUCCGAUAACCUCGAUUAUCGUAGGCCAGAUAUUUGGUAGAGAUGGUAACUAUGUCUUCAGGAGGUUCUUGUUUGAAGGAUCAAUCGUAAGCAAUCUUAAAUCCAAAGCAACAAGCGAUGGAGUGCAUAACCCAACACGGGUAGAAGUUGUGCUUGCACUCCUCUUUAGAUGCAUCGUGUCUGCGUUGAAGGUGAAACAUGGUGCCCAAAAAUCAGUUUUGAUGUCUACUGCAGUGAACUUGAGAUCGAGGGUUGUGCCACCAUUGCCGAAAACAAGUGUGGGAUGUUUAAAUUUGCCAAUACCCGUUGCAAUCGGCGAUGAAACAGAUAUGUGUUGUUUCAUAGGCCAGAUAAGGGAAUGCCUAUCCACAAUCAAUGGUGAGUUUUUAAAAAGCCUUCAAGCUGCUCAAGGACCACAACAACUCUUGGAGUUUGCCAAAGAGACUGGUGAAUCAUAUUCCAAGGCUUUGUCCGAUGGAGCCGAGUUCAUCGUGUUUAAUAGUUGGUGCAACGCGGGCAUGUACAGUGUUGAUUUUGGUUGGGGGAAGCCGAUAUGGUUUCCAUCUCUUCCUCUACCACUUCGUGGAUCUGUGAUUGCGCUCGUGGAUGCUAGAAUGAGUAAUGGAAUAGAAGCAUGGGUGUCACUGGAAGAAGGAAUCAUGUCUGUGGUAGAACGCGAUGCGGAAAUCCUUUCAUUAGCUUCAAUAGAUCCAAGUCCUCUACAAAUUCACUCAUUAAAGUCAAAUCUUUGA